GCCGCCGCAGCCAGCGGGUCGGGAACGCGCGGGGAGCCGGGUGACUGAGACCCCGGGUAAGAGCCGCCUACCUGCAGUCGUCGCCCACAACUGGGCCGCCACCAUGGCGCUUCUGCUGCGCUUCGUGCUCCUGUGCGGAGUCGCGGAUUUCGCCAGAAGUUUGAGUAUCACUACUCCUGAACAGAUGAUUGAAAAGGCCAAAGGGGAAACUGCCUAUUUGCCAUGCAAAUUUACCCUCAGUCCAGAAGACCAGGGACCUCUGGACAUCGAAUGGCUGCUAUCACCAGCUGAUAAUCAGAAGGUGGAUCAAGUGAUUAUUUUAUAUUCUGGAGACAAAAUUUAUGACGACUACUAUCAAGAUCUCAAGGGACGAGUACAUUUUACAAGUACUGAUCUCAAAUCUGGUGAUGCAUCAAUAAAUGUAACAAAUUUACAGUUGUCAGAUAUUGGCACAUACCAGUGCAAAGUGAAAAAAGCUCCCGGUGUUGGAAAUAAGAAGAUUCAGCUGACAGUUCUUGUUAAGCCUUCGGGUACAAGAUGUUACAUUGAUGGAUCAGAAGAAAUUGGAAGUGACUUUAAACUAAAAUGUGAACCGAAAGAAGGUUCACUCCCAUUACGAUAUGAAUGGCAAAAAUUGUCCAACUCACAGAAACUGCCAACCUCAUGGUUACCAGAAAUGACUUCACCUGUUAUAUCUGUAAAAAAUGCCACUACCGAAUACUCUGGGACAUACAGUUGUACAGUCAAAAACAGAGUGGGCUCUGAUCAAUGCCUGCUACGCCUGGAUGUUGUUCCUCCUUCAAAUAGAGCUGGGACAAUUGCAGGAGCUGUUAUAGGAACUUUGCUUGCGCUAGUGCUCAUUGGUCUUAUCAUCUUUUGCUGUCAUAAAAAGCGCAGAGAAGAAAAAUACGAAAAGGAAGUUCAUCAUGAUAUCAGGGAAGACGUGCCUCCUCCAAAGAGCCGUACGUCCACUGCCAGAAGCUACCUCGGCAGCAAUCAUUCAUCCCUGGGAUCCAUGUCCCCUUCCAACAUGGAAGGGUAUUCCAAGACUCAGUAUAACCAAGUGCCAAGCGAAGACUUCGAGCGCGAUCCUCAGAGUGCGACGCUCCCAACUGCUAAGAGUGUGGUGUGAAUAUCGGUUGGAUUUGGUUUUGGCACUGAACACUAAAAGCUCCAAAGAACUCUGUUUUCUACUAACUUAAUGGCACAAGUGUUAAGAGAACCACAAUUCACUGAUUUUCAUCCCUAACUGUGGAUUUCUGUGACAAAUACACUUAUACUACUGAGAAGUAAUAUUUUGACACUUCAUAUAUGCAAGUAGAGAAUUGAUAGUGUCAGUUUCAAAAAUGAUUUUUUGUAUUUCAAGUUUCUGGCUUAAAUAUCCAAUGGUGCAGAUUUUGACAUUUGUAAGAACAAAAUUUGGUUUUAAAAAAAGCCAAAAACUUGCUCUGGUUUUGUGACCUUGUGUACCUUUAAAAAAAAUAAAAUCAAGAAAGUAGUUUUCUGCCUCAUGGUGUGGCUUCAUAAGCUUUAUUAUACUCUUCCUCCCUGCUUUUCUGAGCCAGGGUUUCCUUCUCCCCUCUCCUUUGCAUCUUUUAUUA